GAGAAUACAAAACCUAGAUGAGAAGAUUAGAAUGAUCUUUAGACCAUUCCAGGAUUCAGCUAACCGUGAAAAUAUAACCAAAUGUGUUUAUUGGGAUUUUAGUAGCAAUAAUAAUAAAGGAGGGUGGUCCAGUAAUGGAUGUGAAUACGCUGGUACGCUCAAUGAUAGAGAUAUUUGUCUUUGUGAUCAUCUGACAAAUUUUGCUGUCUUAUUGGAUUUCUAUGGCCAUGCAGAACAACUUGAUCCAAUUCAUGAUUUUACACUGUCUAUUAUUACUAUAAUUGGACUCAGUCUAUCUAUAUUUGGUCUGGGCAUGACCAUCGUAACCUUUAUCUUCUUCUCGAAACUGCGUCAAGGUCGAGCUCAAAAGACGUUAUUCCACAUGGCAUUAUCUCUAUUAGGUUCCGAGUUGGUAUUUUUAAUUGGUAUUCGCCAGAUUGAUUACUAUGGUGUAUGUUUAACAGUAGCAAUAUUGUUACACUAUUUUAUUCUGGUGUCUUUUAUGUGGAUGUUAGUGGAAGCAAUAUUACAGUAUCUUACCUUUGUUAAAGUACUUGGUACAUAUAUAUCUAGAUAUACCCUUAAAACAGCUCUACCGGCUUGGGGAAUCCCACUGGUACCAGUAUGUAUUGUUCUUGGUAUAGAUUACAACUUAUAUAAAGGAUGGGAUACCUAUUGCUGGAUGAAAUUGGACGCAUUUUAUUAUGCAUUCGCACUUCCGGUUGGAUGUAUUAUAAUAUUCAACAUUAUCAUGUUUAUCAUCAUCAUUAUCAGCCUCGGCAGACGACCACGUGGACUCAGAGCCCAUCAUGGAAAAACAAAUACCAGCACUUCUAAAACAAAUUUAAAAGCCGCUGUCACAAUUUUUGUACUUUUGGGUUUAACAUGGGCGUUUGGUUAUCUAGCAAUCUCUGAUGCUCGCCUGAUCUUUCAGUAUAUUUUUACCUUCUUAAGUUCUCUACAAGGUUUCUUUAUAUUUAUAUUAAUGGUGGCUCGACGGAAACAGAUUCGAGAUCAGUGGGCUGUGAUAUGUUGUAAAGAUCGUGCGGGGAGUGGAAAACGGAAGUCAGUAUCAGCUACAAAUUCUAAUUCUACGUCAUCAAACAGCAGUGGUGGAUCUGGUGCUUCAAGGCGUUCUUUAUAUAAAAACAAAUGUCGAAAUGGAAGUAUUGAGACAAUUGUAUCGGACUGUAGAUUUGAAUCUUUAUAUUAUAUUCCUACGUCUUCCAUUCCAACCAGAAAUCUUCAAAAAUCUAAACCUGACGACUAUACUGAUGAACCAACUUUAAAUUAAAAGGGCAUUUACCCAUACGGUUGUUUAAGACUGUUACAAGUUUUAGAAAUAAUGGUCGUGUUCACACAUACCGGAAUGAAAGUAUAUUUGAUGAUGACCAGUUCAAUAAUAGCGGAAGACUGUUUAGUUCUUGUAACAAACAAACCAAAUCAGAUAUUUUUGAUUUACUGUUAAAAUGCUUUUUUCAGAUAUAUAAUGUAGAGAGAAUAAUAUAUUAUUAUAAUAAAGCCUUUUAAAGUGCUAUUUGUAAAUGCCAAUGAUAUCAAAAUGUAAAUAUAAAGAAACCCUGUUUGUAAAUAUUAUGUCUUGUUAUAAUAUAUAUUAAACCUAGUCCUUAUAUAUUAAACCUAGUACUAUGU